CACGGUCAUAUCAUUUUGAUUUUGUUUAUAUUUUGGAAAAUAACUUCCGAAAUGUCUAACCUCCAGCUAACUCAGGAAAAACUAGAUGCCCUACGCUCCGAAUACAGGCCACGCCGGCCGUGCGCCCUGCUGAAAUACCCGCGACCCAAGACGAAGCCCGAGUACCAGGCGAUUUACCCCUGGCUGCUCCCGGAUGAAACGGAUCCGCACUUCGUCUUCUGCGCCGUCUGCGAGUGCAGGCUCAGCUGCAAGAGAUCGGAUCUGGGGAAGCACGAGGGCAGCAUCAAGCACUCGGAAAAUGCCCAGCGAAAAGCAUUGCCGGUAAAAGAAAACCAUCCGGAGGCGGAAGGCCUUGGAUCCGGCGUGAUGAAGUGGGAGUACAACGAGGACGAGGAGGGUCUGCUACCAUAUAGUGCAGAUGCCCCAGACGACGAGACGGAGGAGGAGGAGGGCGAGCCGGACGAAACCGAGGCGGAUUGCGAGGACGACGAGGAGCAGCAGCCUCAGGAACUGGAGGCCCACAACGAUCUCGAAACGCAGCCGCCCGCCAUCAAGCAGCAGCGUCGCAUCUCGGAGACGGACUCACAGCAUUCCGGCAUGCUGGACUAUCUGCCGCUCCAUGUGACCAUCAACGAGUUGCCUGCGAGUGUUCCGUCCACUGUCGCCUAUCCCACCUCUUCCACGGCAACAACAGCGGCCACGCCCUGCAGGAUUACCAUUAAAAAAGUGCCCGCGCCCAGUACUCCGCCCAAUGCGAUUUGCCAGGCCCAGGAGAUCAGUUCCAAGGCCACCAUUACGCCGAUACACACCACGCCCUCCUACGCCGCCCGGCAGCUGCAAUCCUAUCAGCUGCAGCAGGUGUCGCCCAUAACGCCACCGCGCGACUCCCUCGAACUCUUCUUCGACAGCAUUUGCGCCACCGUCAAGAGUCUGCCGCCCAAACUGGCCACCGAGGGCAAGAUCCGGGUGAUGCAGCUCAUCGGGGAGCUGGAACUGCGCGCCCUCGGCGAGCAGGAGGCAUCUUCUCAGGCCGCCGGACAUCAGGGUCUCGAUCUCGCCGGAAGCUCGCCGUCCGGAGCAGCCGAAGCGCCGGGCAGUGGUCAGCAGAACGCCACGGUGGCCUCCACCACCAAAUGAACUUAACAAAACCGGAAAGCGGUUUCAAAACCAGGCUCAAGUUGGCGAGCUAGAAUUUCUAGUGCUUUCAUUUUGAAAUUUUGUUAACUGAUUUUCUUGAAUAAAGUUAUUUAUUAGUUGUUGUA